AUCUGUACAGGAAGUCACUUCCUGCCCGCGUCAACCCCAUGAGUAGCUGCAGCCUGUUCAUAGAUUUACUCAAAGCACUAACUUAAGGUCUGUUUCAUUUCUCCAUUAUUGUGCUUGGAGGAGGAAGUGGGAAUAACGACAGAAAACCAUCCUCGCUUCUUUUGUGUUUUUCUUUGAAACGCAGUUUUUUCAUCUCCCUAGCAAGUAUUUGUUUAACGAAUUAAAUCCAGUAAGAGGCGCUGGUUAGCCGUUCCGCUCUACUACACCUCCCCUCUGAUAAUUUAAUUUCUCGUCGGUGUUAGCUAGCUCCCUUACACAGGCGACGGCCACUGUCCCCCUACCCGCACGCCGACAUGCCGGAGUACCUGGACGACCCGUCUGUGCUCACCAAGGACAAGCUGAAGAGCGAGUUGCUGGCCAACAACGUGGAGCUUCCGAGCGGUAACCCGACCAAAGAUGUUUACGUGCAGCUUUAUCUGAAGAACCUAACCGCUCAGAACAACAAACAAGUCACGGCCACGACUCUGGAUGCCUUCUCAAGCGAUGAGGAGCUGCCGCCGCCCGUGGUCUCCAGCAGAAGUCGCUCCUCCGGCAGAAAAGCCACCAGGAAGACGGACAAGGUUCGGCCAAAUGAGCUUGAUGUGACCGUGUUGACCGACCAGGGCCUAAAGGACGAGCUGCUCAAACACGGAGUGGACGUGGGUCCGAUUGUGGCAUCCACUCGUAAAUUGUAUGAGAAGAAACUGCAGAAGCUGUUGGAUGAAGGUCCCGCACAGCCACCCCUGCCAGAGCUGGUCCUCACAGAGAUAGAAGUCAACCACAAUGGCAACUCUGAAUCCGACCUGUACAGUGACAAGGAGGAUGAAGUGACAGCAGAGCCAGAGCCAGAACCUGUGGCAGAACCUGAACCAGUUCCAGUAUUGGAGAGACCACUGAGGAGCCGAGGGAAGACGCCUGUCACCACCCGCACCCGCAGCAGCCAACACCAUCCGCAGAUUGUGCCUGAGGAUCUCAGGCCUGCAUUGACAGAUCAGUUUCAGUCUAACAGGAGGGUUCCCCAAAGGCUGGACAGUCCAGCUUGGACUGAACGUCCCUCCACGUCAUCCAGACCUGCUCAGUCAAAGAGCCCGUCUGAAGAACAGAGUCCACGACCAGCUGCCAAGCCAUCCGGGCUAACUGGAGUCAACCCGGUCACCUUUAGUCCCAUGUGUAAUAUCUCACCCAUUAAGAGAUAUGACGCAUAUGAAGCCAGCAGUGUCUCUGCGAGAGGGGAGGAGCGCGUCCCUCCAGAUGUCCCGCUGCAUAAACGGGGGCAGCAGAAAAUCACCAGCUUCCUGUCCACAUGCAGCCCUGUGAAGACGCUCAGCUGGACAUCCUCACUUUCCAAAGAUGUGUUAGUGAGACAGGUUGAGAAGAUCGCAGCCAGUGACGAAACCCUAAAGGUGGCGGAGAGCGAAGUCCUGAAGGAGCUGUUCCCCAAUGACAUCAACAGCCCAACAGGAAUCACCGCCACCUGUCGAAGACCCAUUAAAGGAGCUGCCGACCGUCCGGUGAAGUCCAGUGACCUGUGGAACAAUGAAAAUUUCCUUUUCUCUCCAAAAACCACCAAGACUACCAGCUCAUCCUCAUCCUACACAGAGAGCCGCACUGUCAACAGAGUCUCCGGCUUUCCUCCUUCCACCUCCUUGAACUCCUCUACCUCUGCCUCCUCUUUUUCCACUUCCGCCUCCAGGCCUCUGUCUGCAGCUCCACCUGCAGGUCAGACACACAGCAUGUCUCUUUGGAUAAAGCUGUUCCUGCUGGCCAUCCUGGCUACUUUCCUGUUCUUGAUUUACCAAGCCAUGGAGACCAACAGCAUCAAUCCUUUCGGUGGCCAGGACACAGGAGUGGACAGUCCCAGCACAGCAUAGAGAGCACAACCGAGUUCUGGUGGGGAAACAAAGACCUGCCUGCUUUGAAUUUGUUUAUUGUUUUUUUAAAAGUGUGAAUCUUCUUUGUAGCCAUUUUUUUUUCCCAUGGGCGCUGUGAAAUGACCUCUGACAUCCUCGCCCUUGUUGUUUUUUGUUUUUUUUUUCCUCAAUAUGUGAGCUUUUCUUUCCUUCAUUUUUAAAUCAGUUUUCAGUGAAACCCUGAGAAGUGACGCCGCCGGACACUUUCAGGGACGUCCAUGAUUUGAAAGAACAGUGCUGCCUCUGCUCAUCUUUGAUUCAGCCUGUGAGGUGAAGACAAAGACAGCCGGUCAGAAACACAAACGCAGUAGCUUUCAUAGAAAUAUGUGGACUAUGUUCAUUUUUUUUUUAUGUCAUACAUGCAUGGUGUGCAAGUGUGUGCGUAUAAGUGUGUGUGUUUGUAUUGAAUGUGUGGAUGAGAUUUUUUUUUUUUUCACACUUUGCUUUAGUGUCUUUCUCUGUCAUUAACAACUUUGAUGAUGGAGUUUGAAUCUGUCAUUUUGUUUUGUACUUUAUUUGACCAUCUUUGUUAAUGAGACAGGGAGGCUUGUUAUUAUAAUCCAAGUGAAUCUUCUUAGACUCUAAUAUUUUCUUAAUGUUCUCUUCUUAUGAAAGUGAAUGUCACUGUGUAUUCUACUUAAUUAUGUAUUCACUGUCACAAAUAUUGAAUAUCCACUCAAUAAACUAUUAUGAUGUUA